AUGGUUGUUUAUACCGUUCAGAUAGAGACAAGUUCUGGCUUGUGUGGAGGUGGGGUCCGGACUUCGAAAUCACUUUCUUCUUCUAGCACAUCUGCGAAGAUACUUUCGAAUAACCCUUCAACAAUGCGUGCCGUAACCAUUUUCAUCGUUACUCUUGUGGUUCUGGAAAGCUUCUACUUUGCCUCGUAUGAAUGCGCAGCAGGACCUGCUUGGCAGGUGAAGGCUAAGAGACCUAAAUGUUAUAGUAAACCAUUGUCUAAAACAAAUAUUUAUAUAUUGUUACACGUAUGCAAGGAUAAUAAUGAAUGCAAAUUUGGGUCAUGCUCACGUUGCAAUAACGGCCUUCAUGGAGACAAUACUUGCCGCUAA